AUGAGUUUCUUGCUUAAUGACAAGGACCAGUUCAUGACGCUUGGAGAGGUUUUCGCUUUCAUCGACUCGUGCGACGUCAAUGACUCGAUCGACUCUGACACUGGAGACGUACUGCUCGAUGCCUCGCCAACCGACGUCGGGGUGCACAAAGCACACAAGAAAAAGAAGAGGAAAAGACGCAAUCUCAGUUCAUCUACUAGGCUGCAGCAAGGCAGAAAGGCAGAAAUCCUCUUUCUUCGUCGGCGAGUGCUAGAACUGGAGGAGCACGUGCAUCAACUACAAACCGCACCCAAACGUCGGUGUUGCCUCCUUCCUCAGCAAAAACCCACUGCCGAUGGGAUCAAAACAAAGACGAAGUCGGUGUGGGAAGAGCUGGCCGAAGAUCAUUAUCAUGCUAGACUUCAGUCUGAGGAAACGAACCGCACUCUGAAAAGUAUUCUGGCAAGCCAGAUUCAGAGGAGCGAACGGAUGUGCGCAAUCGUACAGGAACAAUCAAUAAUGCAGGGAAUGGAUUUAGUCUGUAUUGAGACACCAGUCCAUCAUGAAGUCUACGGUGCCAAUCACAACCAGGUUUCAACGUUGAACGAGUUCGAGGAUACGCUUCUGCAUUCAGAUUGGCGAUGGAUUCGCUGCUAG